UCUAAAUAUUAUUAAAAAAAUCUUUUGUCCCGCAUGAGCCGGACGAGGCGGCUGGAGGCGCAAAUCGUUCUAAUAACAGCCAACCGUUUGAACAAUCAAAGACCAAAUCCAAUAGCGAUCGGCGCCAUGGGAUGCACCAGCUUUGCUACGAAUCUCAUCCCUCAUUUGGAGCUCCACAGUUGCUGUUUCAGGCCACUUGAGCCGAUCCGGACCCCCUUGAUUGCUCCGCGUCUCUGCAACUCAUCGAGGAGUCCGAGGUUGAGGUUCGGUAUCUUGCGGAGGAGAACGAGGUUUGGCAGGGUUGUCCGUUUUGCUGUCGAUGAUGAGUUGAGAGAGAAUAGGCAGGAGUUGAGUGGAAGUGGAAGUGGGGUUGGGUCAGCUAUUGAAGAUAGGCCGGAACUGGUUGAUAAUACAAAAGAAGGAGCUCUUGAAAAUACUAGACAAGAUGUUGAAGGAAGUGCACUAUAUGAUUUUCUUUAUCCUAGUAAAGAACUUCUUCCUGAUGAUAAAGAAAUGAGCAUAUUUGAUCAUCUUGAAGAGCUGCGGCAGAGAAUCUUUGUAUCUGUUUUAGCAGUUGGGGCAGCCAUUUUAGGAUGCUUUGCAUUUUCAAAAGAACUGAUUAUCAUUCUUGAAGAUCCUGUAAAAUCACAAGGUGUGAGAUUUCUUCAGCUAGCUCCUGGGGAGUUUUUCUUCACUACUUUAAAGGUCUCUGGAUACUGUGGCCUCCUCUUGGGAAGUCCUGUCAUUCUCUAUGAAAUCAUAGCCUUUGUGCUUCCAGGUCUAACAAAAUCUGAGAGAAGGUUUCUGGGACCAAUUGUUCUGGGCUCGUCAGUUCUUUUCUAUGCUGGAAUAAUCUUCUCCUACCUGGUUCUGACACCUGCAGCAUUAAAUUUCUUUGUUAAUUAUGCUGAAGGGGCUGUUGAAUCAUUGUGGUCGAUUGAUCAAUACUUCGAGUUUGUACUCGUGCUAAUGUUCAGUACCGGCUUGUCUUUCCAGGUUCCCGUUAUACAAUUCCUAUUGGGACAAGUUGGGCUUGUGUCUGGAGAUCAGAUGCUGUCAAUUUGGAGGUAUGUUGUGGUUGGUGCAGUAGUGGCGGCUGCUGUGCUUACUCCUUCCACUGAUCCCCUCACUCAAGUUCUUCUAGCCGCUCCUCUGUUAGGUCUCUACAUUGGUGGGGCAUGGAUGGUCAAGCUCACUGGAAGGUGACUCUAGUGCCCCACAUCUCCAUAUGAGCUCCAAUUCUUUCAGACUGAAUGUAUAUUCUUCACCAUGUAAUCUACUUCUGGUUAAGUAGUACCAGAGAUUUAGGGCCAUCUCUGCCUGUAUUGUAAAUUUUGAAAUAUAAUUUUGUACCUUAUGUUCUCCAAGUUUUGUCAAAACUCAAAAGCUGUUCCUCCCGUGGAACAUGCAAGGGAAAAUUGGGCAAAAGGACCGUGAGUCCAGAUAAUUGGGCAGAAGUCCUUAGGUCUCAUUUAAGCA